GUUACAACGCUCAGCACCGUUCACUCGGCGCACAGCAAGAACAACAAAGCUCUUAUGAUGUUUUAGCUUCUAUUCCGGAUUAUUCCAGUCAGAACCGUUGCUUAGUUGAACAUAUCAGCGCACCAGACGAGCGGACAUGCCCCGGAAAACCACGAAGAAGAAGACGGUGCGUAAGUCGAGAGACGCCAGCCCUGACUCCUGUGACUCCGAUGGCUACUCCAGCGACAACCUGUGCGACUACAACAAGAGCGGCCUGUCGAAACGCUCCUACAGAAACAGAACAGCUGAACAUCCAUUUAGUGAUGAUUUUUUUGCGACACCUGGACAUCGAGAACACAUGAGGCAAAUGGACCAGAUGUUCAGAGACCCAUUUGGGAGCUUUGGUGGUGGUAUGUUAGCACUGCCUGGCAGUAACAGACAAGAUUUUAGAAGACAACAACAGCAGGCUCAGAACAUGCAGGUGGCAACAAACAACAUGUUCAUGGAUCCUUUUGCACACUUUGGUUCAAUGUUCUCCAACAUGAGGUCCAUGAUGUCUGAUAUGCAUAGAGCUUUUGAGCAAACAGCUAGUGAUCCCAAUGCCCAGGUGUAUCAGCAGUCUUCUUUUAUGUCUUACUCUAAUACUGGCAGCGGUGCUCCUAAGGUUUAUCAAGCUUCAUCCUCAUCAUUUCAAGGGCCUGGAGGGGUUAAGGAAGUUAGGAAGUCAGUCAGAGACUCUGAAAGUGGUUUAGAAAAAUGUGCUAUAGGACAUCACAUAAAGGACCGGGCUCACAUUAUUGAGAAGAGUCGAAAUGCAAAAACAGGUGAAGAAAAUGAGAAUCAGGAACUCAUUAAUCUUGAUGAAGAUGAAGCUCAACAUUUUGAUCAGGAAUAUCAGGACAAAUGGCGCAGCACAAUGCGAGGUAUUGAGGAAAGGAGGAGGGUUGAGAGAUCUCGACAUGCGCCAGUAGGUGAUGUCUCCCACCGGUCACGUCAUCUAGCCUUGCCUGAACCAGAAUCACGUCGACACAGAAAAUCCAGCAACCGCAAGGAGUAAUCCUGGUUGCCUGUACUCCGUCCAUGUGGAAAGACUUUUGGAUAACUGAGUAGCCAAACUGAGGCAGGAACUUUAAAAAUCUGGUGCAGCAGGAAGGAGCUUAUGAAGCUUCUGGCAGAGAUUUUUUUUUCUACAGGUUUACAAUUGUUUGGUGUUGGUAUGAUUAUGGCAUCUGUUUUCAGCAAAUUUUCAGAAACUAUGGACUAGCUGUUUAGAGAAGGAAUUGUGGACCUGUUUUCUAUUUGUAAAUAUGAUUUAUAUCCUAUACCAAGAUUUGAGGAGUGAAUAGUUAAGUCAGUAAUGUCCAAACAGGACUUACCUCCUGCUGCUCUACUGUAUAUAAAUUCAAAUGUUAAUCUGUUUUAGAUAGAUUCCAUUACAGAUACUUAAUUCCUUUGUAAUCUAUGUUGCACAUAAUCCAUUUCAAUAUUGCAAGAAAAUUAAAAAGCCGAUGUUUGUUGUAUACACAUUUUCAUUGUAUUUUAUUAUUUUGAAUGGAGUUUUGCUGUUGAUUUAGUGUUAAAUGUUUCUGCACAGUUGACAUGAUCUUUUUCAAUAAGGAAUUUUGCUUUUGGGAAAGGUUAAAUUAGUAGUUUGUGUUACGCAUUUUUAAUGAAGACAUUUAAAAUUAUUUUUUAUGGAAAUUUUCUGUUUCAAAAAUGUUAACUGUCAAGAAUUUUUUAUCUACUAGCAGAAUUUUACAAAUUUAUUGCAUAAGCUUCUGUUAGUAAUUUUAGUAGGAAGGUUUUUUGUUUUAGAUUGUUGAAAUGAAAAUGUUGUGAAAUAUUUAAUUUGAAGUGCUGGUUGAAACAUUUUUGUUUCCGCCAAAAAAAAAGUUAAUAUUUUGAUACAACCAGACGUGUAUUUGUUGCAUGCUCCUGUAUACACCUUGACACCACAGCAUUCCAUAACAUUUGACAAUGUGAGGGUGGGUGACCUGGUCUAAAAGUGGGUGUUCUUUGUUCUGUGUCGUUUGGAAGUUCACAUUAUUCUAGACAUUUUACCUUGACCUGGAAUGAUGAAGAAUUGAUUGGAACGUUCUUGUUUUAUUUAGUUUUAUUUUUUUAUUGUAUCUGAAUAGAAUAAAGAUGUUGACUUCUGAAAAACUGCUGUAACUGAAUUUGUAGUGUAAGUUGAGUUUUGUGUGAAUGAUAGGGUAUUCUAAACUUGUUCGUGAAGCUGUCAGAAUUAUAGUGUGCCUAAAU